AUGGCUGGACUCAAUCUCUAUGGUAGAGGGCUGGGUCUUCGUGUUGCUAUUCUCCUCACAUGUCAAAUUGCAUUUACCCUGUUUGGAUACAACCAGGGCAUUUUCUCCGGGAUUGUGGGUAACGAAAAUUUCCUCAACACUGUGCGUCACCCUAGUGUGGUUGUCGUUGGCUUCAUUGUGUCAAUCUACAAUCUGGGCUGUUUGUCCGGUACUCUUAUGGCUUUCUUGACGGGCGAUCGCGUUGGUUUUCGCAAGGCAAUGUGGCUUGCGAUGGCGUUGAUCUUGGUUGGUGCAGCCUUGCAGACGAGUUCUUUUUCACGGAAACAAUUACUUGUCGCUCGAUUUGUUGGGGGAAUCGGCACCGGAAUUAUGACUUCGGUUGUCCCUGUGUACCAGUCAGAAUUGUGCGAGGCCCAGAAACGAGGAAUGUAUGUGUGUUGCCAACCCCUCUCUGUCGGCGUAGGCAUCGUUAUUGCCUAUUGGUUUGUCUACGGAAUGAGCUAUGUCGAGGGACCCAUCAGCUGGCGUCUUCCAAUUGCUUGCCAAGCGAUCUUCGCACUGGUUGUGAGCUUCAUGCUUCUGGGGCUUCCUGAAAGCCCGCGGUGGCUUUACCGUAAGGGCAGAGCGAACGAGGGAUUCCAAGUCCUGUGUGAUUUUUAUGAUCGCAAUGCGGAUGACCGAAGGGUGAUCGAAGAGUCGCUGGGCAUUCAGCGCGCCAUGGAAAUCGACACACAGCGGGGUGAAUACAAAUGGCGCCAAAUUUUCAAGAAGGACGAGCUGCAGACUGGUCGACGCAUUCUACUGGCCUAUGGCCUGCAGUUCAUGAACCAGAUGGGCGGUAUCAGCCUGAUCGUUUCCUACGUCACUACAGUGCUUGAGGUCAACGUUGGGCAAAGCAAGAGGCUGAGUUUACUCCUUGGAGGUGCCAUCCAAGUCAUGUUUGUCAUCGGCUCUGUCUAUCCCACUCUUUUUGCCGAUCGAAUUGGCCGUCGCAAGCCCAUGAUGUGGGGAUCAUUCGGCCUUUUCUCCUGCAUGAUGAUGAUCUCCAUUCUUCUUGCCUUCAAGGGGACCACCUAUGAGAAGCAGACGGCAUCGGCCUCUGUUGCAUUCUUCUUCCUUUUCAUGCUCAUUUUCGGAGCCUCGAUUAACUGCAUACCAUGGGUGUAUGGACCUGAACUGCUACCCCUUUCUGUCCGAGCCAAAGGGGCUGCUGUUGGAACUUCGGCCAACUGGGUGUGGAAUUUCUUCGUGGUUAUGAUCUCCCCGACCUUGAUUCAGGAUCUGGCCUGGAAGGGAUACCUCUUAUUCAUGUGUUUCAAUCUGCUCUUCGUGCCGACCAUCUACUUCUUCUACCCUGAAACGGUUGGCCUGACCCUUGAGGAGAUCGAUACCCUGUUCACCAUCAAGCUGCGCAGUCUGCCGAAAGACGAGGAAUCUCAGUGGACUAACAAAAAAAGAGAGCUUAAAUAA